UCUCGCAGCAUCAGUUCAUCUCGACCGGUCGAUUUCGUCGCAUCGUUCGCCGCCAUUUCGUGGAGUACAAUUUGGCUGCGCCGGUUUUUCCUGUAUCAUUUUUGUCUUACCUUGGCGAAGGGUAGAAGUGUAAUCGGCGCUUGUGUUCUUUAUUCUUGGCCAUUGUAACCCGACAUUGGCAGAUAAGGGCCCCCUAGUGCGUGCGUUUUCACAUAUUUUAGAGACCUAUCGCGGUUUCGUUGUGGGUGGGUGCUUCUCGAGUGUGGUGUAUUCUUGUCUUAUUCAUCAUGAUGCGCCUACCACGGUUGGAUUCAUUGGUGAUAUGCUGCUUGAUCACAGUGAACCUGUGUGCUUCGCAACAAGCCGCUCCGACCAUUGCAUCCAUAUCUCCCGAACAGAUCAAGGAUAUCGGUGACAGUGUUACGUUAGAAUGCGAUAUUACCAACGUAGGCAAAUUCACCGUGGGCUGGCAGAAGACUAACCGAGAGCGGUCGCAGAAUGUCAAUACCAUCUCGUUGGGUCCAACGUUGGCCGUGGCUGAGGAACGGUUCAAUUUGAGCGUCGAUAAGGAAAACAAUACGAUGAAGUACAAACUAACGAUCAGCGAUAUCGUGAACACGGACGCCGGCCUGUACGAAUGUCAAAUUCAGGUGAAUAGUACCAACAAAGUGACCGCCACUGUAGAACUGCAGGUUCGCCAUCCGCCGCUGCUGCAAGAGAAUCUCGCUGCCACAACCGUAACGAAAGCCGAGGGGGAAGAUGUUAAGCUGAGCUGUUCAGCGGAAGGCUAUCCGCGUCCUUCGAUUACCUGGAAGCGCGAACACGGAGCUAUUCUGCCAAUCGGAGGUCAAAGCUUUGCCGGCAAUGUACUGUCGCUGACCUCGCUGGCCAAAGAAGAUCGCGGCACAUACUUCUGCCUUGCGGACAACGGCGUUGGCAAGCCAGACUCGAAAACGAUCAAUCUGGAGGUUGAAUUUGCCCCGGUCAUUUCUAUUCCCCGGCCGAAGGUGGCUCAGGCUACCGAGUAUGAUAUCGAACUCGAGUGCGUUGUGCAAGCCUUUCCUUCGCCUUCGAUUUCUUGGUUCAAGAACGGACAUUCCAUCCACAAUGGCGGAUCGUACAGCAUUUCACAAACUGGACAACCGGAUGAUUUGACAACUUCGGUGUUGAAGAUCAGUUCUGUCGAAAGCUCGCACUACGGCGAUUACAUCUGCAAGGCCUCGAACAAAGUCGGUCACGCCGAGGCGAGAUUGAAUCUCUAUGAGCAACGUCUUCCAAACAUCAACUACUCAGGUCUGAAGUGGUCCAAUUCGGCGCACGUUCUUGCCAGCCAUUUGGGGAUCAUUGCAGUGACCCUGCUGCUGGCGACGCUAUUGUGAAUAAGAAAGCUGCGAGCCUAACCACCAAACCGGACCGAACAUUCUGCCGAGCCGACCGCAAUAAGCCAAUCAGACAAAAGUUCAAAUUUUAAUAUAACAAAUUUAUAACCGAUUUAUCCCACGUAAAGUUGAGUGACUAAGUAAAACAUUUUAAAUGAGAGACAUAUCCUGUUCGGAUGCUUGUACGAAACGAGUAUGUAGAUCGAAAUUCAAUAGAAAACACAUGUUAGGUACAAAUAAAAAACCGCUUUAGGAACAAACCCUGUACAAAUGAAACGGAACAAAACUCAUGGUGACCAAAAUAGUGAAUAGAGUAUAAGGUUAAAUGCGAAAAUUCAUCGUUAGUGUUAAGAAAAUUGUCUAUUAGAGGUAUUUUUUUUGGAAAUCGUGUGAGAAUAAAUGGCUUGGAUACAAACGACAAA